AUGACCUAUCUGAGAGUGAUGUUCGCUCGACUUAGCCUAUUCGAUUAUGGAAGUCUGUUGGCUGAACUUCAGGUCAAAUCGACAUGGAUUGAACAGAUUCGAGGUAAACAGUUGGGGGAUAAGUCUCUCAGGUUGCAUUUUUGUCAGGUUGAGAAUGGUGGCACUACUGAUUUUGGGAUAAACAGUGAUGGGGUACAUUAUUUUCACGGUCGGAUUUGUGUACCAAACGAUGAGGAUUUAAGGCAGUCGAUUAUGAGAGAGGCGCAUGGUAGUCCCUAUACUAUGCAUCCCGACGGGAACAAGAUGUACCUAGAUCUUCAAGAAUCGUACUGGUGGCCAAGGUUGAAGCGUGAGGUUACCGACUUCGUUGCUCGCUGUUUGACUUAUCAACAGGUUAAGGCUGAGCAUCAGUUACCUUCAGGUUUACUGCAGUCGGUUAAGAUACCGUUAUGGAAAUAG